UCAUGACAAUUAUUGUCACCUUUGUUGUUAUUGUUUAUUAAUUCGUUUUUUUAAUAUUCUAGAAUAAUGUCACGAUUAAAUUCUUCAAUUCAUGUAAAUUUGACAGAUUCUGUAAUUAAUAAAUUAUUUAAUAAAGGUAUUUAUACGUACGUUAACUUUAUUAAUAAAGAAACAAAUCUUUUGAUAAAAGACACCGGCUUGUCAUUUAAGGAAAUUGUGGAUAUUAAAAAUGAAAUAGCCAACUUUUUAGGUGGACGUAUAAUUAAUAAUGCUUUAGACUUAUUAAAAAGUGAAACAAUUAUUUCCUCAGGAGUAUCUAGUUUAGACAAAUUAUUGGAUGGUGGUUUUCAUUCAAAUCAAAUUUAUGAAUUUUGCGGAGCCUCUUCAUCUGGUAAAACACAAUUGUGUUUGUCAAUCGCCACUUUCAUUGCAUUAGAAACAAAUAAAAUUGUUCACUAUAUCGACACCAAAGGAGAUUUUUCAGUAUUACGAGUUGAACAAAUUUUAAAUGCAAAAAAGUGCAAGGAUGAGGAAAUAGUAAGAGUAAUGGAAAAUAUUAAAGUAACAGAAGUUACAAGCACUAAUUUAUUAUUUUCAAUUUUACAUAAUUUGGGAAAUAUUUCAUUGGAUAAAUUUGAUACAAAAUUAUUGAUAAUUGAUUCGAUGUCUACUUUUUGUCUUGCGUCGAAUAAAAAUAUUGAAUCAACAUAUUCUUUAUGUAAUUUACGAAAUAUGCUUAGACACAUUAAAUGGAAAUAUAAUAUUUCAAUAAUUACCACAAAUUUAAUAACACAAUGGAGUGAAGAAAAUGCAUUUAUUUCAUUCAAAGAUGGUGUAAAUAUCACAGUUAAUGUAAAACCAACAUUAGGAAAAAUUUGGUUACAAGUGCCAAAUACAAGAAUUUUGUUGAAAUAUUUGAAAAAUGAAGAAAGAGAAAUUUCAAUUUGGGAUAGUUUAGAAUUAAAUGUCGGUGAAAAAUGCAAUGUAAAUAUAAAUUCUACUGGUGUUUGCUAAUGUUUAUAGACACAAUUUAAAUAUAUAAUUUAUGUAAAUUUUUUUUUAUUUUUUAUAAAUAUUUCAUUAGGAUUUAAUCUAAAUUUUUGAAAAUUAAUAAAAAAAAAAAUACUCCAUAAUUUAUUUAAAAAAAUUUUUUUUUUAUUAACAAUUUUAAAAAUUAACAAAAAUCUCGAAUUUUAUUAAUUAUUAUCAUUGUAACUGUUAGUUGGUAAAGAAUAAUAAAAUUUUAUUUUAAUUUUAAAAA